GUCAAAAUCCACACUCCCACCCAUGAGUGGCUGUUCAACCUUGAACAUGUUACUUUUUAUGUUAAUGAAACCCGGUUUUCUAGUCCUAUAAAUUUGGGGCUAUCAUCAACCAUUAAGUUAUAUUAAACCCAAUGCCACACAGGCAAGUACCUAGCAGUGUCCAAAGGCCCAAAAAAUGACACUUUUUCAUCUUUUCUCUUCCCUCCAAUUAAAAGACUAGUGGAAUAUCCGCAACUACUUUGACCAAAAGCCAGAAGCCAGCCAGUUUGAGCGUAGCUGUUACAGCUUUGUGUUCUAAACCUAAGAAAUGGGGACCCCUCACACGAGAGUGGGGAGGCUUCUGGAUGUGCUACAAAUUCCAUCUCAUUUUCAUGGACUCAAGUGUUAAUUAAUAAAAUCUCAAGGUUCUCCUCCCUCUUUCCCCUCACAUUUCUUCAGAGAAACGAAGAGUUCAAACUCACAGCUCAAGCACUCAGGUUUUAAAUUAGACAACUUUGUCCUGACAGGAACCAAGUCACAGCUGUCAUACCUGAUUACUUUUAGAGUUACUACUAAACCCUUUGUAUGGCAUGAGCUGCCACUGUUCAAGGCAAACAGAAAGACUUCACAUUUUAUCAUGACAGCCCUGGAGCUAUCCACCUCCCUAUGUUCAUUAUUCUCAGCCUGUCUUUGGAAGGGAUGAUGUGGCAUCCUGACAAUCGUAUAGUGAAGAAAGCAGACCCCAUGGCCUGUCACUACAGCCUAGGGAUUUUUAAGCCCCCAAAGUGCAGCAAAACCCACUGCCUCCAGAAAGCCAAGGAAAAUUAUUUCUGGGGGACAUAGCUGCCUCAUAGCCUUCUAUGAAUGAACCAUCAUCUUUCAUGAGAGGCAACCAUUGACCCUCAAGUAACCAACCAAUAAGAACACCCGUACACAAAUGCCCACAGGUGUUGGCUGGGAUUGGCUGGCUUGUGGAUGAUGUCACAGUUUCCCUCCUCUGACUCAACAAUGCCAUCACCACUGAAAAGGCUGAGCCCUGACUGCAGCUCUUGCAGACAGAAAAAUUCACCGCAAGCAGAGCACCUUCUAGAUUGCUCCUGGAGUGUGGGGACAACAGUCUCUCCUGUUCAAGUUACUGAAUCCAGAAAAAAGAUGAACUUAUGAACAUGGGAAAAGAAAUCCAGCUAAAGCCUAAGGCAAAUGUCUCUUCUUACAUCCACUUUUUGCUGAAUUACAGAAACAAAUUCAAGGAGCAGCAGCCAAAUACCUACGUUGGCUUUAAAGAGUUCUCUAGAAAGUGUUCGGAAAAAUGGAGAUCCAUCUCAAAGCAUGAAAAGGCCAAAUAUGAAGCCCUGGCCAAACUCGACAAAGCCCGAUACCAGGAAGAAAUGAUGAAUUACGUUGGCAAGAGGAAGAAACGGAGAAAGCGGGAUCCCCAGGCACCCAGACGGCCUCCAUCAUCCUUCCUACUCUUCUGCCAAGACCACUAUGCUCAGCUGAAGAGGGAGAACCCGAGCUGGUCGGUGGUGCAGGUGGCCAAGGCCACAGGGAAGAUGUGGUCAGCAACGACAGACCUGGAGAAGCACCCUUAUGAGCAGAGAGCGGCUCUCCUGAGAGCUAAGUACUUCGAGGAACUUGAACUCUACCGUAAACAACGGAAACAAUGUAAUGCCAGAAAGAAGUACCGAAUGUCAGCUAGAAAGCGGUGCAGAGGGAAAAGAGUCAGGCAGAGCUGAUGGAUCCAGUUUGAAAAAAUAAAAUGCCAUUCAAUCAUA